UUCGGGUUAGGAGAGCAAACAGCUGAUGUCCCUGCCUUGCUGACUGUCACACUCCUGCUUUCCCUCUGCAGUGCGGGGACGUUUGGCUGUGUAAUCUCUGAAAGGGACGCCAGGGGCUAUGAAGAAAUUGUUGACAACCUGCAGAUGAGCUGGGGGGAAUUCAACCCGAAAAUCAGGACAUUACUGUCAUCAAGAGGGUUUUAAUUUUCCACCGGGUGAAGAGACCAGCUCGAGCUGUGAUUAGUGAAAGAAGAGACGGCAAGAAGAGGGAUGAACAGUGGGAUCGUACCUUGAUAAAGAAGGAAACAGAGGGAGGGAGAAGCAGGAAAAGAGGAGGGGGAGAGAGGAAAGGAGUGCAGAGAGAAAGGCAAUGAAGGAAUAGUGAGAGAGGUAGACAGAUGCAAGAAAGACACGAGAGAAGAACAGAUGUGGAAAGAAACAGGUUCUAGUGAAUGCAACAGAAGCAUGAAAAGAAUAGAUGAGAGUAACAGUGGACAUAGAAAAGAGCAAUAGAGCAGAAAUGGGUGAAAUGAUUUAAAAGCGUAGAGAAUAGGGCUGAAAUCACAGAUUAACUGACGGAAAGCCAGGUAAAAAGAAAAAGGAACAUUCACACACAGAAUGUAGUUAAGUGAAAGGAAAGAAAAGAUAGAAGAGACACCUGGGCUUUCAGCAGCUGACCUUCCAGCAAUCACCUGUCCCCUUCUACUGCCUUAUCCACCUGCUUUCCAUGUAUCUGGUGACUAUUCCACAGUACUUCUUAAACCCUAAUCCCUCCUCUUCCCCAGCCUUAUCCACCUGCUUCUCUUAACUGUACAAUCCUCUACUUGGGACCAGUCCACAUCUCCAGUUCCUAUGGAUGACAAGUGCUCUGCUCUUGCCUGUAUUUAACCCUUCCCAUGGCAUCAGACUGAAUCUUACUGGCAUUCUUUAUUGUACUUUCAAUGGUCAAUAAGGUUACAGAAUUCAGAAGGCGCACUCCUCCCAUUUGACUUUUGGGGUUGUUGUUUGUACAGUUGAUCAACCUCAUUAAUCUCUUAUUGACAUGAUGAAGCCAGCCAAAACUCAAUGUCUCCUUCUGGUGCAGGUCAUCACGGCAGGGGUCUGUCUUGCUCUAACCCCUAUCCAGGACCAGUGUGAAAAUCUCCAGAAUAAUUUUAACAUUACAGGUAUUGCCUGCAAUGUCUCCACUGAUAUGAUUGGGACAUGUUGGCCUCAUACAGCAGCUGGGCAACUGGUGGCCAGACCUUGCCCAGAGUACUUCCAGGGUGUACAGUACAACACAACAGGCAAUGUCUACAGAGAGUGCCACCUCAAUGGCAGCUGGGCAGGAAGAGGAGAUUAUACACAAUGUCAGGAAAUCCUGGAGCAAGAGAAAAAGAGCAAGGUUCAUUACCACAUUGCCAUUGUGAUUAACUACCUUGGACACUCCAUCUCUUUGUGUGCUCUUCUGAUGGCAUUCACUCUAUUCUUAAGGUUGAGGAGCAUCCGUUGCUUGCGCAACAUAAUUCACUGGAACCUCAUAACAGCAUUUAUUCUUCGAAACGUCACCUGGUUUGUGAUGCAGCUCACACUCAGCCAUGAGGCGCAUGACAGUAAUGUGGUGUGGUGCCGUUUGGUUACUAUAGCUCAUAAUUAUUUCUACGUCACCAAUUUUUUCUGGAUGUUCGGUGAGGGCUGCUAUCUGCACACGGCCAUUGUCCUAACAUAUUCCACAGACAAACUACGCAAGUGGAUGUUCAUCUGUAUUGGCUGGUGUAUCCCAUUCCCCAUCAUUGUGGCCUGGGCCAUUGGCAAGCUUUACUAUGACAACGAGAAAUGCUGGUUUGGGAAGAAGGCAGGAGUGUACACAGAUUUUAUUUAUCAAGGUCCUGUCAUCCUUGUGCUGCUGAUAAACUUUAUAUUUUUAUUUAACAUUGUACGAAUUCUGAUGACAAAGCUGCGUGCAUCCACUACUUCAGAGACCAUCCAGUACAGGAAAGCAGUUAAGGCAACUCUCGUUCUUCUGCCUCUCCUGGGAAUUACCUACAUGCUUUUCUUUGUGACUCCGGGAGAGGAUGAGAUCUCAAGAAUUGUAUUUAUCUAUUUUAAUUCUUUCUUGCAGUCUUUCCAGGGAUUUUUUGUUUCAGUCUUCUACUGUUUCCUAAACAGUGAGGUGCGCUCUGCAGUCAGAAAGCGGUGGCAUCGCUGGCAGGACAAGCACUCUAUCCGCGCUCGUGUAGCUCGAGCAAUGUCCAUUCCCACAUCACCCACAAGGGUCAGCUUUCACAGCAUCAAGCAAUCAUCAGCCAUCUGACCCAUAUAUUGGAGAAUGGCAUAGCCUGUCUAUCUUGAAAUUUCCAACUUUGAACAAGACGCUGCAGAGGCUGGAGCCUCCUGCAUGGUCAUAAACUGAACAGAACCAAGGAGGCCACAUUCCUUGAGUCCUUCAAGUCGUACCUUGACAAUCAUAAGGAGGUGGAAGGGAGCAAAGAAUACCCACACCCCUGGGGCAAUAUUGGUACUGUUAGAUAUGAAAGAACUAGAAAAGAGUCAGCCAGUUAUCUACUUUAGCAGAGAAACCAAUAGACCAAACAUUGCACACAGCACAAUCCAUAAACUGCACUGAUACAGUAUAUCACCAGCCACAACCAAACGAUUGCUGAGAAAUGUGUCCAGGCUGUACAGCUUAUGCUCACUGUACCUCCCAGUGGAAAAAUACCAGCACCCGGCUUAAACAUUGCACGAAAGAACAGUUGGUUUUGAUGCUUUUUGACACAUACCAAUUCUCUACAAUGUAUGAGCACAAAGUAUAACCUAUUAGAGUGCUUUGCAGAUAUGGGGAAGUAUUCUUUUUCAGGCCAUACACACCUCAGCAGCAGACAUUGUACUGUGUAAUUAUGUAAAGUGAGGACCAAAUACAUGAAUGGAAUCGAGGAACACCCUUCAAAGCAAAAAUGGAUCUACCGUGUUUCCCCGAUAAUAAGACACUGUCUUAUUAUUUUUUUUGGACAGAAAAACACCAGAGGGCUUAUUUUCAGGGGAGGGCUUAUUUUAAUGAACAAUAAUUCUUUUAUCCUCCAUCAUUGCCCCUAAAUGCUUAUUUUAUCCUCCAUCAUGCCCCCUGAGUUCUUCUUUUAUCCUCCAUCAUGCCCCUUUUAUCCUCCAUCAUGCCCCUUUUAACCUCCAUCAUGCCCCUUUUAUUCUCCAUCAUGCCCCUUUUAUCCUCCAUCAUGCCCCCUCACUCCCGCUUACAUACCGGGUUUUUAUGUUGUCCUGCCUCAGCUCUCCUCCGCGGCACUGCUCUCAAUGGCGCCAGCAAGCAAAUCACUGGGGAAGAACAGGAUGACGCGCUCACUGCUGCAGCUCUGAUUGGAUGCAGCUCGGAGUGCGGCGU